AGGAGAGAAGUUCAAACCAUACAACAAAGCCUCUAGGAAUUCCCGAUCAACAAAAUGGUAGACCUUUCUUAAAUCAAUUUUCAUUGAGCACCUAGUAGUGCCAUCCUUCCUAUGGUAGUUUAUGAAAAUGUUAGACAACAUUGAUAACCACCCUCCCCUUCUCACGAAACCUUUCCACACCGUAGUGAUUAUAAGCUUUGAACAUGAGAACUCUAACUUUAAGAGUUUUACGUUCUUAUUAGUUAAGAUAUCGUUGAGGAAAAAGCAAGAGAAGGGGGCGAGAUGAGAGGAAGAGAGAGAGAAUGUCAUAGUCAGUGUGGCAAGAUCACAAGGAAGAUGAUUUGCACAAAGUAGAGGACGAUCAACCAAUUGAGGCGGGACGCAUAGAUUCCAACCAGAUAGGAGAAUUGAUAGAGGAGUAUGCAAUCAGGCGGUGCCAUUUUUCUUCACAAACUUUCCGGAGGAUUGGAGUCAUGACAGAUUUGGAGAACAUUAUGCAAAUUUGGGAGAUUAAUAAAGAUCUUCAUACCAGAGAGAAGGGACAAGUAUGGAAGGUGUUUUGGUUUCAUGAGGUGUUCAGAGGUGAAGAAUGUGAAAUCUUUAGAGAAUGAGCUUGACGAGAUAACAAUAGAUGGUGUGAAGCUUCAUGUUAAUCUACUAAGGUUCGAGAGAAUCUCUGCAGGUGAAUACACUGGGAUGGGGAGAGGCUUUGGACAUACCACCAAUAAGGUGCAUGAAAGGAACAUAAGAACAGUUGGUACAAAUGGAGGAAGACCCAGAACUUAUGCGAAGGCAUUACAAAGAAAUUCAGAGGGAGAUCAAGAUAUGGGGAGGGGAAACGUUAGAAAUCAAGAAAAUCAGGCUAGAAUGAAGAAAAUGGUGUGGAAAAGAAAGGAUCUAGAUAAUGAGUGGAAAGAAAAUGCUAGUGAUUGGCUAAAGCAAUGGUUCGAUGAGAUUAGGCCAUGGUUUCCAGAAAUGGUGGUGGAUGAACGCUUUACUUGGAUAAGGUGUCAUGAAAUUUCAGUUAAUGGGGAAGAAAGAGAUGAUGACAUGGCCAAGUUGGAAGAUGUGACCGAGAGAAAUGAUGUGGAGUAUGGUAAAGGGUUGGAAGGAGAAGGGUCAUGCACCGAUAACAUAAAUGAAGAAAACAGGGACAGUGGUAACAAGGCAUUUAUUAAUUCAGAUGGCAUUAAGAAAAAUACCAUUUCCAAAGAUAAAGCAAGUAGCAAAGUAGAAGUAUCAUCAAAAAAAGUAUCAGACAGCUUGGUGGCUAAACAAGAUACGAAUGCUUUGAAAGUAUACAAGGAAGCAAAAGUUAUACAGCUUGAAGCCAAUAAGAGGAAGAAAGGUAGAUCAAAGGAAAGGGAAGAAGAGGUUUCAGAGCUUCCGCAAUUCUUGCCAAACUCAGAGAACAAAGUUACUGGUGAUUCCUUAAAUGAUAGUAACAUAAACAAUUGCAAUACAAGCAUUUUGGCAAGAAAGAGUGGCUUUGGAACAAAGGAAAUUUGGGAAUUUGCAAAGUUUAUUGGGGCAGUAGCGUUGAGGAACGAGGAAGAGGUUUUGAUGAAACUGCAACAAAUGGAACAAAGGGAUCAACAACAUGGUGAAACUAUAGUUUCAAAAAGCAAGAAGAAAGUUAUUGCAAGGGAAGAUGUGGCAAGAAGGUUAGGGGGGUUGCUAUGCAUAUGGAAGAGUAACGUUUUCAAGAUGGAAAAGGUGAUAGAAGGAGUAGGUUUUUUGGGAGUCUUUGGUUUUGGGGGAGUGGAAGAGGUGCCGUGUUACAUUGUGAAUGUCUACUCUUCAUGCCAAGGUAUUGAGAAGAGACAACUACGGGAGGAGCUAAGAGUAUUAAUUGGCAAUAGUGGCAGUAAUUGGCGCAUUGGAGGAGAUUUCAAUGUGACUAGAUCAAAAUUAGAAAGGAAAGGUUGUGAGGGAGUACAAAAGGAGAUGAAAGGCUUUGAGGAUUUCAUUACAAACUCAAGGCUGAUCGACUUGCCGUUGAUAAGUAGAAAAUUCACAUGGGUGCAACCGAAUGGAACUACAAUGACCAGGCUUGAUAGAUUUUUGCUGACAGAGGAAUGGUUACUCAAUUGGGAAGGAAUGAAGCAAUGGGGCUUGGCAAGGAGAGUAUCAGACCAUUAUCCUUUGCUAUUGAAGAAUGAAGUCAAAGAUUGGGGUCCAAAGCCCUUUUGCUUUUUCAACACAUGGUUACAGCAUCCAAAUUUCAAGGAAUGGGCUAGCAAAGAAUGGAAGACGAUGAAUAUAAAAGGGUGGAGUGGUUUUGUACUAAAAGAAAAAUUGAAAGGAAUGAAGGCAUCUUUGAAAAAAUGGAGCAAAGAACAUUACAUUGAAUUGGACAAGAAAAUUGAGGAAUGCAAGGAGCAAAUUGAUAGAUUAGACAAAAAGGGGGAGAUAGAAGAGUUAAAUAUAGAUGAGAUUGAGCUUAAAAGGAAGUGGACAGAGGGAUGGCGGAUACCAAAGUUAGAUGGAGUGGUGUUCAACAAAAUUUAUCAAGCAGAAAAUGAGAUGUUAAUAGCUCAAUUCACAGAAGAAGAAAUAACGCAAGCAGUAUGGGACUGUGACAGUAUGAAGGCACUUGGACCGGAUGGUUUUAGUUUUGGUUUCAUCAAAGAAAUGUGGGAGUCCAUGAGGCAUGAAGUUAGUGCUUUUGUGAAUGAAUUUCAUAGAAAUGGACAACUUGUUAAAGGGUCAAAUUCUUCUUUUGUGGUCUUAAUCCCAAAAAAGGAGAAUCCAAUUAAAAUUGAAGAUUACAGACCUAUAUCUUUGACUGGUUGUAUCUAUAAAAUCAUAGCAAAGUUGUUGGCCAACAGAUUGAUUAAGGUGAUGAAGGGAAUUAUUAAUAAUAAUCAGUUGGCAUUUGUGAAAGGAAGACAACUGAUAGACAGUGUGAUAGUUGCAAAUGAAACAAUAGAUGAAGCAAAGAAGAAAAAAAGGAUUUUCAUUUUCAAGGCUAAUUUUGAGAAGGCUGCAACAAAGGAGUUCAAAAUAAGCAAAGGACUUAGACAAGGAGACCCACUCUCCCAUUUUCUCUUUUUAAUUAUUGUAGAAGGGUUAAAUGGGAUUAUUAACUAUGCAGUGAAACAUAACCUAUUCAAAGGUGUAACAAUGGGGAAAGGAAGCUUGAUGAUCACACAUUUGCAAUUUGCAGAUGAUACAAUAUUUUUCAGAGAGGCAACAGAGGAAAAUAUGAAAGUAGUAAAAGGCAUUAUGAGGACUUUCGAGUUGGCGUCAGGUCUGAAAAUUAACUACAAUAAAAGCCAGCUUAUUGGUGUAAAUGUUAAGGAGGAGGUGAAUAGAAUGUCUUACUUUUUGAAUUGCAAUAUUGGUGAGCUUCAGAUGAAAUAUCUGGGAAUGAUGAUUGGUAUGAGUACCUAUAGAGUAAAGAUGUGGAAGGGGCUGAUUGAUAAAUUCAAGAAAAAAUUAUCUGUUCCAAAAGGUGUGAUUAAAGCUAUUGAUACUAUACGUAGGGGCUUCUUGUGGGGAGGGAGGGAAGAGGGAAAGAAAAUUGCCUGGGUUGGGAAAGUGGUGCAGAAGAUUAGUGAUGGGAGUAAGGGCUUAUGGAAGAAUAGGCUGUUGAAGGAAAGAUAUGGGAAGAAUGGGACAAAUUGGCAUGAUUGGAUGGGGGAGGGUAAAGGAUGCACAAUCAAUGAAAUGGGCCAUUGGGAGGGUGAUGCCUGGAGAUGGUGCUUAAAUUGGAGAAAACGUUUGCUGGUUAGGGAGGCAGAACAGGUGACGAAGCUCAUGGAAAUUAUACAGGGAAUACAACGAAGAAAAGGAGUGAAGGACAGCUGGCGAUGGGCACAUAACAAAGGGGGCAAGUACAACGUGAAAUUUGCCUAUGCUUUGUUAGCAAGGGACGAGGCCUUGGAAGGCAAAAAACUAUUAAACUGCUAGAAUCCUACAAUUCCUAGCAAGGUAUGUGCAUUCACUUAGUUGGUCCUCUAACACAGAAUCCCUUGAAAAAUAAACCUGAUAAAAAAGAACAUGAUUAAGAAUGGAGAAGAAGACAAAUGUGAGCUUUGCAGAAAAUAUAGUGAGGACACUAAUCAUCUUAUGCUAGAAUGCAACUUUGCCUAUUCUUUAUGGAUGAAAUGUGCCAAAUGGUGGGGAGUAUCUCAUGUAAUGCAUCAAGACUGUAAAGUAGCUUGUACAGCACAGUGGUGUAACAAAUGCAAGGACAAGCU